UGGCGUGCUCUUUCGCGAAACGCUGACUCUGUCAUUCCAUCUGUCUUUGCAUCCUGCCAAGUUCCGUUAUAUAAUUUUCAUCGCGAUCAGGUUCGUCGCGUUGCCAUCGGGUCCAUUUGCUCUUUUUACCUGAGCAACCAUCGUGCAUCAAUGGGAACAAACGUGAAAAGACGGCACUCCGAUUUGCCGCAUUUCAAGUCAGUUACGAGAAUUUCCAACUUUCCUAUUAUAGAAUACAGUAUAAAUAUCGCCGGCAAUGCCUACGCUAGGAUAAAGCGAUCGCAUUCACUGGUGGAUUGGAGUUUGUGCACUGCUGAGAACUCGCUGGCGAUCGCCACAGCGUCAGCGAAACCGAUUACGAAUGCGAUUUCGGUAUUGAACGGUCCUAUCGCGACGAUCGAUCAGUUGCUUUGCAAAGGUAUCGAUAUCGUUGAGCAGAGAGUACCGGCCGUGCAUCUUCCUCCUCAUCUUAUGUACCGGAACGCACGAGAGUAUGUAAACGUGAAAAUCGUCAGGCCUGUUUUGACACGUGCCGAAAGUGUGAAAGAGAUAGGAAAUCAAGCUGCGAACGCGGCGGCAGACAGAUUAGACGGUGCUCUGACUGUUGCUGACAAAUAUGUUGAUCGUUACUUGCCUGCUGACGUUACCGACGGCGUAGAUGACGUUUCUUCUUCCGAACCGGUGAGCAAGACCAAACGAACGAUCAAACGCGGCGCCAGACUUUCUAAGAAAUUACAGCAUCGACUAACGCGUCGCACGUUGGCAGAAGCUCGUGCUUUGAAAGACCAGGGGACAGAGUGUAUCCAUAUACUUCUGUAUGUCGUAGAAUUGUUAGCAACGGAUCCAAAACUAGCGUUUCAAAAGGCGAAAGAACUUUGGAAAACGUUGAGCCUGCCCGAGCCAGAGAAUCAAGCUAGGCCAACCACUCUGGAGCAGUUGUUGGUUCUUCUGACGCGUGAAUCUGCGCGCCGUAUUGUUCAUCUGGUGAAUGGGACGGCAGCGUUAGCAUCGAAAGCUCCAAGCAGUCUUGCCAGACUUCUCAUUACAGUUGCUUGCCAAUUGUCGGUGGUUGUCGAUGCUACCCUCGAGAUGAUGUCGGCCAUUGGCAAGAAGAUUCUUGGGAGAGAGAGAAUCUCAGCGAUAUAUACGGUCAUAGACAGGCUCAACUCAAUUGCAAAUCGUUUGCUGGAGCAGUUCGCAGCUUUUCUAGCUGGUCGUCCAACAGUUUCCAAAGUAACAAACGUGGAGGGUCAUCAGCAAAACCACAAUAAUCACACACUGGUGUCUUCGAAUCCUGCAGUUAACGGUAUCGAGUAACAAAAAAAAACGAUGCUUGAAUAUUAUUCGUGAGUUCCAUCUUAUAUAUAGCUAUGUAUGUAUCAGGAAAAUCUCUCACUGAAAUUCCACACAAAAUUCAAUGUUUGAAUCUUUCUACUCUCACGUUCAGAUAAGCAAUUAACUGAUACUUUUCUUUUUAUCGAGGGCACAGCAUAUCCGUGUCGUCUACUUAUUCUUUAUCCUUGGUGUACGAACUUUAAUUAAUGUUUAGAAUGUUAAGAAAAUGUAAAAAUAAAUAUUAUAGUAAUUUCCACAAUGAUUACGAUGUCAACGAUCAUGUAGGAUUUACGUUCGUGCACUCUCGUGCGUUAUAUGUUUUUGUUAUCGAUGUUUCGUUUCUAUCUCUAUAAUUGUACUAAAAUUAAACAUAUUAAAUAUAAUUAUUACAUUGUAAAUUGUGUCUGUUUAAUCCGAUGCAAGUUUCGUUGCACUGGCCCCGUGCAUUCAUAAUUAUUCUUAGUAUAUUUCUUUGUAUUUUACUUCGUCAAACGAUAAAGUAUAAAUGUUUAUAUUAAAUUGUGCAGAGAAUUGUCACGAUGGUUAUAAGUAUAAUAAAUAAGUUACGAAUAAGUAAGCGAAUUUAGAUAAGUAAUUUUUUUCAAAGCAUCGAUGUAACC